GUGUAAAAUUUUUCUUAUCUGAGAUAGUUGUUUCACUAAAAUUUCUCAAGUGUAAUAGAUUUUCUUUUAUAAUCGAUUAUGAUAAGCUCAAUUUAAUGUUUCGAUGAAUAAAAAGUGAUUUUGUGAUAAUAUGUUUUGUUUAGAUUGUAUAAAAGAAAAAUUGCUUUUGUAUAAUAAAUUACUAGAAAGUUUAUAUAAGACCAAUUUUUUACAGUAUAUCAGUCAAUAGUCAAUGCUUAGUGUACAUUUCGUAACUGUAAAAAUAAUUAGCUUUAGUUAUUACAAAUAAGAGAAUAAUUUUAAUACAUUCUCGUUAUAAGAAGAUUUUAUUAUGUAAUCGAUUAUAUCACUUACUUUUGUUGAUAUGUUAAUAUAUAAUUAAAUAUCAUUGUAAUAGGUAGCUUUUAUAAGUCAUGUGUAACUUUCCCCUAUAGGUAGCUUUUGGGGUUAAGUUUAUUCCGUAAUAUGGUAUCAAAGUAUGUUUAAUUGUUGUUAUUGCCUUAUUGGUCUACCCUUUAUAUGUCUAGUCAAUCAAAUUUCAUGCUCCAGGUCAUUAGUCCCACCUUGCCUAGAGAUAAGGACUAGAUAGACUUAAGUCUUGGCCAACCCUCCCUUAGAGUUUGCUUUUAGGUCUGGGGCUCAAAGUGGAACGAAAGAGCAUACUUCAGCACAAGAAAAGUAAAACUCGACCACGAGUGUCUUUCCAUGGCUGUCCUUGUACAGGAAGUGAUAAAUGCGGACUAUGCUUUUGUCAUCCACACAACCAAUCCGUCCUCUGGAGACACAUCAGAAAUAUAUACUGAGGUGGUAAAGGGGCUCGGAGAAACACUCGUCGGAGCUUAUCCCGGACGUGCUUUGAGUUUUAUAAGCAAAAAACAUGAUUUGAACUCCCCUCAGAUCUUGGGAUAUCCUAGCAAACCUGUUGGCCUGUUCAUUAGACGGUCAAUUAUUUUUCGAUAUGAUUCCAAUGGUGAAGACCUAGAAGGUUAUGCUGGAGCUGGCCUUUACGACAGAUGCUCUGUACUGGUUAUGCAAAGGGGGAAGGCCUUCUAUGACUUCCAGUUCAACAACACAAUCCCCAAGCCUUAUGUACGAUCCAAGAGAAGGAAGUUUGACACGGCUAGAGAAAGGAGGAACAACAAAGGACUUGGGGUUUAAGUGGUAUUGUUUUUG